AUGUCGACUCUCACGAUAUCCCAGCCGAUCAAGACUGAGUUCGGCCACAGAUUCACCCAUGACUUCAACCCAAGGAUAUCGCUUGCUAAGUCGCGCUUCUCGCCCAACCCAAGGGCUGAUUCUUCUCCUUCGGUGAGCUCGCUGCAGGUCAGCUCCACCACGGACGACAAGAUGUCGACGCCCCAUCCACAUAGAGGGCUGCCUCCCCCGUCUUCCCUCACCCUCCCGGACCCAAGGAGGGAAGGGCCACCGCCAUCAUUGACACAGUCCUUGUCGCAGCCUCUUGGUCACAUGCCACAGCCUCCUCAUGAAUGGCGGGGACAGGAAGAAUCAAUGCGAAAUUGGCUCGUGGCGAAAGCCGAGGAGGACAAGCGCAAGCAGGAAGAAGCAAAGACUCGGCAGGAGGAAUUGCGGCUUGAGCAGCGGAGAAUUGAGCAGUCCAUGCUGCGGGAAUCGUUGCAAGGCGGCGUGCCACCUCAAAUGGUUCCUAUGAUUUAUGCUGGUAUCGGCGGGGCCAACCUAGCGAAUGUCAGUCUGGACUGGUUGAAUCAGUAUGCCUCGCAACUUCAACUAGCGCAGCAGCAGCAGAUCCAGCAAUCAUCACCAGACAUGCGAAGAGACCAGGGCCGACUCAUAGGGCCUCCUGCCCACCCGUACUCUGUCGCGCAGCCAACACAUCAGCAAGUCCUGCCAAGCCAGUCUUCAGAGCAGCAACAGCAACAACCGCCAGGGCCGAUCCAGACCACGUUCUCAGCAUAUCAGCCUGCGGGUGGCAGGCAGCCACCCACAUCGGCUCCCCGUUCCGCAACGCACACGCAGUUGCCACGACUAACGACAAACGAAAUGUAUGUUCAUCAGCCUCCUCAGCCAGGGCCCGGAAGUGCGCAUCCUCUGCAACAGACACAGAACAUCCAGCAGGACCAGCCAGCAUCAUCGCCUUCGAUAUACUUCCACCACUGGGUGCCGCCAAACGAAACCAAAGGCGGCCACCAGCCGCAGACACCUGCGAGCAAAGGCGAACCACAUUCGGCACACCCAAGCUCGCAGCACAAGGACAGCGAGUAUCGGGAGUCGCCCAGAAAGCGCAAAGCUCAGGAUGCCCAUCAGGCGAAUCCACCUCCUUCGGCUGGUCCGCAGUAUACUUCGCCCUCUUUCUCCACCACAAGCUCCACUUCAGGUCGGAAAAGUGGUCAUGUGCGGUCCCGCAGCAACGCGUCAGCAGCGGACAGUAGACCAGACAGUCGUCGCGACGAUCCAUUACCGGCACCAGAAAGGUCUCUACCAGACUCCGGCCGCACGCAGACCAGCGAGAACUCACGCCCUCCGUCGAGGCCAAAAGAGGAGCCGUCCGGACGGUCCUCGAUAGACGCGGUCCGCGAAUUCCAUCCUGACCCUGCGACAUUUCGACCAGGAUCUAGCUGA